AUGGCGGGUAAUUUUCUUGUCCUAGCACAGGACCCCAUGAUCGCCGCCCCCCCCUCUCAACAAUGGAGAACUGAAGCAGCUGCCCCCCUCUCUCUCUCAAGCCCUCUCUCAAGCCCCCUCCCUACCCAGCAACUACAAGGCUAUUCGUCUGCUGACAACCCUGCUCUGGGACAACUGCAACCCGGCAUCAAAUGA